AUGACGAAGGUUCCUCAGUUUUCAAUCACUUGCAGAGGAAUCAUGAAUACUACAGGCCAAAGGCAGCACGUCGGAUACAACGAAGAGGCAGAGCGAGACUUUUGCCUCGCCUAUCGACCAGCGAAAGCUACAGAACACUCAAAGUUCAUCCCAAAGAUUGCUCUGGCGCCACUGUCAAAGGAAAAAUUACCUCCAACGGUCGGAAAGUUUAACAGGCUGACUGAUCCUGAUGAUCACGUCAGAGUAUUCACAAGCGCUGGUUGCAUGGGAGGAUGGAAUAUGCCCAUGUGGUGCCAUCUGUUUAUCCAAACUUUCACGGGAGCUGCUCGCGCCUGGUUCGACAGCCUCCCACCAGGAAAGAUCAAGUCAUGGGUUGAUUUUAGAACACAGUUCGUGAACCACUUCAGUCAGCAGAGACGUUACCAGAGCAACACAGCUGAGGUAACGGACAUUUGGCGCAGAGAGAACGAAGGUUUAGAAGAUUUCAUCACUCGCUUUAACAAAGAGUGUCUGGAAAUUGGUAGUGUAAGCGAGCUACUCAUGCACGCUCACUUCAAGAAAGCCAUUCACUGUGAUAGCCUUAUCAGGACUAUCACAGGAAAAGAUGGAAUGCCUAAAGAAUGGGAUAAGCUCAUGGAAGCCGCGAAGAUAGUCGCGCAAACUGAAGAGUCACUAGCUGGCAACAAAAACUCUUAUACUGAAGAUCGGUUUUCUAAGGGAACCUCGCGCGAUAACAACAGAAGAAACAAAGGAAAAAACCCUGGAUGGAAAGCUAACCACUCCAGCGGUUUUGAUGAACGACCUCGUUAUGAUGAACGACCGCGUUACAGGGAAGACGCGCGAGACACGAUCGAUCGCAUUGGGUACAGGAAGGCAGUCAGGAAUGAGAAUCGAGAAAAGCACUGGACUCCGCUCAUAAAGACACCUAAAGAGGUGCUCAUGACGGAGAACCACGAUUUUAAGGCGCCCAGGCCUAUGACCAACAAGAAGGGGCAAGACCCCAACCUGUACUGUGAUUUCCAUAAAGAUACAGGUCAUCUGACAGAUGACUGUAUCAGCUUGAGGCAGGAAAUCGAGAAAGCUUUGAAAAGUGGGAAACUGGGUCAUCUGGUAAAAAACGUGCGCAAAGAGACACGCCAGAUUCAGCGCAACGAUGAAGGAAGAGACAAAAAGGUCCGACGCUUGGAAACACACAUGGUCAACGGACCAAGAUAUAGCGCGAGAGAUAAAGCAAGCGACCUUUCGAACCAGCAUGGAAAGAGCAACAGGUUGUCUUCCCGGUAG